GGGGGAGGGCAGAGCCUCUCGGUGAGAGGGGAAACUGAGGCCAGAGGGUGUGGGGGGGUCCCACAGGUGCCCCCAGAGCCAUGAGGACCCUCGUGCUGCUGUGGGUGGCCCUGGCCGGAGCGGGGGCCCAGCUGCUGUGUCCCGAGGGGGGACCGUGCCCCGUCACCCCGGCCCUGCCUGCCCGCAGCGCAGUGGGAUGCCAGGAUGGUUCAUCCUGCCCUGCCAGCACCAGCUGCUCCCUGCCCGAGAGCGUCCCCUGUGCCGGGGGUCAGCUCUGCUGUCCCCAAGGGUCCCACUGCGGCGCUGACGGGGAGUCCUGCGUCCCAAACCCAGCCCCCCGUGCUGUGCCCUGUCCCGAUGGAACAUCCGAGUGUCCCGAUGACGCCACGUGCUGUGUGACGGCCGACGGCGCCUGGGGGUGCUGCCCCAUGCCCCAGGCCUCGUGCUGUGCCGACAAGGUGCACUGCUGUCCCCACGCCACCACCUGCGACCUGGCCCGCGGGCGCUGCCUGUCCCCCGGCGGUGACAGGGACGUCCCCCUGAGCAGGGCCUUCCCCGCCUGGAAGCGCCAGCUCCCCGCCCCAGUGGAGCUGCGCCAGGUGCUGUGUCCCGGCGGCCGCUCGGCGUGUCCCGACGGAGCCACCUGCUGCCAGCUGUCCCCAACCGAGUAUGGCUGCUGUCCCCUGCAGAACGCCGUGUGCUGCAGUGACAGGCAGCACUGCUGUCCCCAGGGCACCACCUGUGACCUGACCCGCUCCACCUGCACCUCCCUGGGGGGCUCCACAGCCCUGGCAGCGCUGCCCAGAGCUGGUGAGAUCAAGUGUGACGAGGAGACGAGCUGCCCCGACGGCAACACCUGCUGCAGGCUCAGCUCGGGGGCCUGGGGGUGCUGCCCCCUCGAGCAGGCCGUCUGCUGCCCCGACCACGUGCACUGCUGCCCCCAGGGCUACACCUGUGACCCCGAGGGGGGCAGCUGCCUGCAGGAGGGGGUCCCCAGCCUGCCCUGGGUGAGGAAGACCCCGGCACUGCCCCGAGGGGGACAGGUGACAUCAGGGAACGUCAAGUGUGACGAGGAGACGAGCUGCCCCGACGGGAACACGUGCUGCCGUGCCAGCCUGGGCACCUGGGGGUGCUGCCCCCUCGAGCAGGCCGUCUGCUGCUCUGACCAUGUGCACUGCUGCCCCCAGGGCUACACCUGUGACCCCGAGGGGGGCAGCUGCCUGCAGGGGGGGGUCCCCAGCCUGCCCUGGGUGAGGAAGACCCUGGCACUGCCCCGAGGGGGACAGGUGACAUCAGGGAAUGUCACAUGUGACGAGGAGACGAGCUGCCCCGACGGGAGCACGUGCUGCCGGCUCAGCCUGGGCACCUGGGGGUGCUGCCCCCUCGAGCAGGCCGUCUGCUGUGGGGACCACAAGCACUGCUGCCCCCGGGGCUACACCUGCAACGUGGCCACCGAGAGCUGUGAGAAACUGCUGCUGGCGCCCACCCCGCUGCUUCCAGCGCCUGCAGACCCCCGUGGGGCGCCCUCCCCCCUGCGCUGGGCACCCCCCGUGCCCCCCGCCCCGCUGCGAGCCACCGGUGCCCACCCAGGUGCCCCCGUGCCCUGCAGUGCCACCAGCUCCUGCCGCGGGGGGCAGCGGUGCUGCCGGGCCCGGGGGGGCUCCUGGGGGUGCUGCCCCUUCGCCCAGGGUUCCUGCUGCUCCGACGGCCGCCACUGCUGCCCCGCGGGGUCCCGCUGCACGGGGGGGGGCUGGGGGUGCAGCCCCCAGCGCUGGGACCUGCCCUCCCCCCCAUCCAGGGAGCUGCUCUGAUGCCCCCCCCUCCCACCCUGAGUGCCGCCACCCCAAUAAACGGUUUGUAGGAGGA